GGCUAUACACCCGUCGAGCCUCGUCUUUUCAUAAUCAUUACGUCGACGGACAGUGAAGGUUACCUGCUUCAACAGUGCUUGAACGGCAACCUUUCAGCUGUCUUUCACCUACUUGGAUCAAUUUCUAAAAUCCGAUUUAUUUUAACUAAAUAUCCACUACACAGUCGCCAUUUUCGUUUAGAUUUCGUGUUAUUCGAGUAUCAUUAGCCUACAUCGCUAGCUGUUUAGCUAACAACGCUAACAGAAUAUCUGUCGACAAGACGAUCCAACAUCCAACUGAGUACUUACCUUCCACAUCCCGACACAAGAAACGAUAACGAAAAUGACUUCUGGAGUGAGACAGAAUUUCCAUCAGGACUGUGAGGCAGCCAUCAACAGGCAGAUCAACCUGGAGCUGUAUGCCUCCUACGUCUACCUGUCUAUGUCAUACUACUUUGACCGUGAUGACAUCGCACUCAACAACUUUGCCAAGUUCUUCCGCCAUCAGUCCCAUGAGGAGCGUGAGCAUGCCGAGAAACUGAUGAAAUUACAGAACGAGCGCGGAGGACGGAUCUUCCUACAAGACGUCAGGAAGCCAGAAAAGGAUGAGUGGGCGAGUGGUGUGGAGGCUCUUGAGUCUGCUUUGAAGCUGGAGAAAAGUGUGAACCAGUCACUGCUGGACUUGCACAAGGUGGCCGCUGAUCACACUGACCCGCAUUUGUGUGACUUCAUCGAGACCCACUUUCUCGAUGAGCAGGUGAAGUCCAUCAAGGAGCUUUCAGACUGGGUGACCAACCUGCGCCGCAUGGGGGCUCCCCAGAACGGCAUGGCAGAGUAUCUGUUCGACAAACACACCCUGGGCAAGGAGAGCGCUUAGACAUCUCCUGAUGUAUUCCAUACAUUUAUAAACAGUGUGUGGGAGGUACUGGCCCACCAGUCCAAGCUUUGAUAUUUUAGCUGUUGUGCUUCGUCGUAAGCCAUCAAUAUUGACUACAGAUCACUUAGUGGCCCUUCAUUGAAUAAUGUAGUUGGUCCAGGAACUGUGUCCUUAUGCUUGUCACCCUGAUCAGUCAACUGCCCCAAUCACCACCGUGUGUCUGCAAAGUUUUAUUCCAGCAGUUGAAAUGUACUCAAGCUUAAUAAAACGAACCCUCUGGAUUCUGAA